CGCAGUGAACCGUUUCCACGUGGACCCUGGGAGGUUAACGUCAGUCCGCUGCAGCGUCACAUCUGCUCCCUGAGGACUGACGACUCGCUCUUUUAUUGCAGGUGCCGACCGCUUCAUGGACGAUGUGGCCCGUAUGAUUGGCUACCGGCCUUUCCCCUGGAUGAAGUGGUGCUGGUCCUUUAUAACUCCAUGCGUGUGCAUGGGCAUCUUUCUGUUCCACCUCGUUAACUACAAGCCGCUGACCUACAACAACGUGUACGUGUACCCGUGGUGGGGCGAGGUGAUUGGCUGGUGUAUGGCGCUGUCCUCCAUGCUCUGCAUCCCCAUCAGCCUCCUCUACAAACUCUUCAGAGCCAAGGGAACCUUCAAAGAGCGCUGGGCCCACCUGACCACUCCGGUGUGGGGGGUCCACCACCUGGAGUACAUGGCCCCCGACAUCAAGUCCCUGACCUCGCUGUCCCCCGGCACCGACGACAACAAGGUCAUCAUCUUUGAGAGCGUCAUGUAGGCGGGACUCCGCCGAUCACAGCGCUCCAUCUCCAUCCGUCCCACCUGUGACAAGAUGGCCGACACCCGACCUCCAGACUUACCUCCACCCGGCACCCGGCCUCAGAGUGGACCUCCCCUCUCCCUGGUCGGUCUGUCUCCUCUGCUCCACCAAACGUCAGCCGGACCAAAGCUUCCCUCUUUUCCAGAUGAACUAAAUUUGUGAUUAAAACCAGCAGCUCACCGAGUUCUUUCCCCGCAGAGGGCGUCGCUUCGUCGACGUCUCAAUAAAGGACGAAAUGUUCCCACAACACGUCAAAGAGCACGAGAGGAGGACCUGGAGGCUGGACUUCCUCCAUGUUGAAUGAAGGCUGCAAUCUUGUCUUGGUGGGGGGGGGGGGG